GGGUGGUCCUGGGCGCCCAGUUCCCUGUGCGGUGGGGCAGGCUUGCCUUGCUGGAGCGACCCCAAGGGAUGGGGCUGGAGACGGGUGGUGCUGGGGUUGGCCCUCCUGCGUGCGCUGCAGCAAGCUUGGCCAGGGGGGUGGCAGCGUGGCCGCGGCCCCCCUGCUCUGCCGUGGGGACCUGGGUCCUGCUGGUGCUGGUCCUGCUACAUGCUCGGCGUUGGAGGGAAUCCUGCCGAUGCCAGGGCAGCGCCUGUGUCUGGCUGCAGCUGCCCCAGGGUGGCUCUCGGUGCACCAGGGUGGUUUUUUCUUGAGGUCCCAGCCCCUGGAUUCGAGGGAUUUUGCUGGGAUUUCAUUGGGUAUUUUGGUGGUUUUGGUUUGACGCAAGUUUCUGGGCCUCUGUGGUUGGAAGGGAAAAUCUGAAGAGGGGAGAAGAAACGUUCCCAAGGGUGACAAAUGUCAAUGGGCAGGUACAGCCCCAGGGCUGUGGGGUGAGCUGAGCUGCAGGCAGCCACUGGCCCUGAGCCCCCCCGGGCACUUGGGCGGCAGUGCUGGUCCCCAGCUGAGGCGUCUCCAUCUGAGUGCGGGGCCAUUUUCUCCCUGGGCAGCAUCAGGCCACGCGUGGGGUUUCCUUGUUCCUAUAACGAUGCGAGUUCUCCAUUUUUGGCUCCCAAAGUUGCCGGGACGCCCGGCUGGUCCCAGCACUGCCAGUCCCAUCUCUGCCCGCCGGCUGUGGGGUCCAUUGCCUCUGCCCCUGGGGGGGCACGUUGUGUUUCCAGAGCCGGCCAUACCUCUUCCGUGAGCCCUGUGGCUCCCGGCCCCGGUGGUUUCCAGCGUGGGCCAGGGGCUCUGGCGGGCCAGGAUGGUUGGCUGCCUCCUCCCCGAUGACCACCGGGGCAAAGCCAUCGGCUGCCACCGCUCUUCUGCAGGAGACAAACAAAACCCAUCAAAGCACCGAGCUUCUAGAAGGAGCUCGCCUCCUGCGCCGGGCGGGCGCUGCCGCCUCCUAGCCGAAAGCUGGAAACCACAGGCAGGCGUAAAACAGGCGAGCCGCCCCAUUCCCAGCACCGUGGCCGUCUGCGCCGGCUUCGCCGUUCCCUGCCGCCUGCCAGCCCCGGCCGGCAGCUCCGAGCGGGGCCAGGGGGUCCGGGGGCUGCUCGCCAGCACCCCGGUGUUCCCAGUGCAGGCAGUGCCGUGUGCCGGCGGGGGUGGCAGCGGAGUCGGGGCUGCAGGUGAGUCCGUCCCGUCUCCCCCCACGCUGAGCUCCUGCAUCGGUCCCUGGGGUCCCGUCCCUGCGGCAGGGCUCAGCCCCACUGACCUUCGGGGGCCGGAGGCUGUGCCUGGCUCCGGCACCGGCGAGGCGUGUGGGGCUGAGCGCGGAGGGGGUGCUCAGCCCCGCUCCCUCGGCGGGCACCGUGCACACAGCAGUGGCAGAGGAAGCUGCCGGCAGCCUGGGGCUGGCUGCCCUGCGCAGGCAGCUGACAUUUUGGAAGGAAAUAGCUGCUCUCCGCUCCUUCCUGUAGCGCGCAGCCUGCGAAACGGCUGCCCUGGGAGCCCGGCUGUGCCGGCAGCGCCCGCCUGGAGCCGUGGCCGGGCUGCCCCCGGGGCCGGGACGCCGGAGCGGUGCGUGGGGCAGAGCGGUGCCCGACCCCGGGUGGUGGUGAGCCAUGGCGGUGUGGAUCCAGGCGCAGCAGCUCCAGGGCGAAGCCCUGCGGCAGAUGCAGGCGCUCUACGGGCAGCACUUUCCCAUCGAGGUGCGGCACUACCUGUCGCAGUGGAUCGAGAGCCAGGCAUGGGACUCCAUCGACCUCGACAACCCCCAGGAGAAUGUGAAGGCGACGCAGCUGCUGGAGGGGCUGAUCCAGGAGCUGCAGAAGAAGGCAGACCACCAAGUGGGCGAAGAUGGCUUCCUGCUGAAGAUCAAGCUGGGGCACUACGCCACGCAGCUGCAGAACACGUACGACCGGUGCCCCAUGGAGCUGGUGCGCUGCAUCCGGCACAUCCUCUACCACGAGCAGCGGCUGGUGCGGGAGGCGAACAACAGCCCCUCGCCGGCCGGCUCCCUGGUGGAUGCCAUGUCCCAGAAGCACCUGCAGAUCAACCAGACCUUCGAGGAGCUGCGGCUCAUCACGCAGGACUCUGAGAACGAGCUCAAGAAGCUGCAGCAGACGCAGGAGUACUUCAUCAUCCAGUACCAGGAGAACAUGCGCCUCCAAGCCCAGUUCUCCCAGCUCUCCCAGCUGGGCCCCCAGGAGCGCCUGUCACGGGAGACGACGCUGCAGCAGAAGAAAGCGUCGCUGGAGGCCUGGCUGCACCGGGAGGCCCAGACACUACAGCAGUACCGCGUGGACCUGGCCGAGAAGCACCAGAAGACGCUGCAGCUGCUGCGCAAGCAGCAGACGACCAUACUGGAUGAUGAGCUGAUCCAGUGGAAGCGUCGGCAGCAGCUAGCGGGAAACGGGGGUCCCCCUGAGGGCACCCUGGACGUGCUGCAGAGCUGGUGCGAGAAGCUGGCGGAGAUCAUCUGGCAGAACCGGCAGCAGAUCCGCCGGGCUGAACACUUGUGCCAGCAGCUGCCGAUCCCGGGCCCGGUGGAGGAGAUGCUGUCGGAGCUGAACGGCACCAUCACUGACAUCAUCUCUGCCCUGGUGACCAGCACCUUCAUCAUCGAGAAGCAGCCCCCCCAGGUGCUGAAGACACAGACUAAGUUUGCAGCCACCGUGCGGCUCCUGGUGGGGGGGAAGCUGAACGUGCACAUGAACCCCCCCCAGGUGAAGGCCACCAUCAUCAGUGAGCAGCAAGCCAAGGCCCUGCUGAAGAACGAGAGCACCCGCAACGAGAGCAGCGGGGAGAUCCUCAACAACUGCUGCGUGAUGGAGUACCACCAGGCCACGGGGACGCUCAGUGCCCACUUCCGCAACAUGUCCCUGAAGCGGAUCAAGCGCUCGGACCGCCGUGGGGCUGAGUCUGUGACGGAGGAGAAGUUCACCAUCCUCUUCGAGUCACAGUUCAGUGUUGGUGGCAACGAGCUGGUCUUCCAGGUGAAGACGCUGUCCCUGCCUGUGGUGGUGAUCGUGCAUGGGAGCCAGGACAAUAAUGCCACAGCCACCGUGCUCUGGGACAACGCCUUCGCCGAGCCCGGCCGCGUGCCCUUCGCCGUGCCUGACAAGGUGCAGUGGCCCCAGCUCUGCGAGGCGCUCAACAUGAAGUUCAAGGCAGAGGUGCAGAGCAGCCGCGGGCUGACCAAGGAGAACUUGGUGUUCCUGGCGCAGAAGCUCUUCAACAGCACCAGCUCCCACCUGGAGGACUACAGCAGCACCACGGUGUCCUGGUCCCAGUUCAACCGGGAAAACCUGCCCGGGAGGAAUUACACCUUCUGGCAGUGGUUUGAUGGGGUCAUGGAGGUGCUGAAGAAGCAUCUGAAGCCACACUGGAACGACGGGGCCAUCCUGGGCUUCGUCAACAAGCAGCAGGCGCAUGACCUGCUCAUCAACAAACCCGAUGGGACCUUCCUCCUGCGGUUCAGCGACUCGGAGAUUGGCGGCAUCACCAUCGCGUGGAAGUUCGACUCCUCUGAGAGGAUGUUCUGGAACCUGAUGCCUUUCACCACCAGGGACUUCUCCAUCCGCUCCCUGGCCGACCGCCUUGGGGACCUCAGUUACCUCAUCUACGUGUUCCCUGACCGGCCCAAGGAUGAGGUCUUCUCUAAGUACUACACGCCGGUUCUCUGUGAGUCCACGCCAGCUAAAGCCGUGGAUGGAUACGUGAAGCCACAGAUCAAGCAAGUGGUGCCAGAGUUCGUCAGCGCAUCAGGUGAUUCUGCCCCCGGAGGGGCCACCUACAUGGACCAGGCUCCCUCGCCCGCCGUCUGCUCCCAGCCCCAUUACAACAUGUAUGCCCAGAACCCCGACACCGUGCUGGACCCCGAGGGAGACUUUGACCUGGAUGACACCAUGGACGUGGCAAGGCAUGUGGAGGAGCUGCUGCGGCGCCCUAUGGACAGUCAGUGGAUCCCCCACGCCCAGUCGUGACGGGCGGGUGCCCGGCCCCCCGGCCCCGGCCCUGUGGGGACUGUGCUGUGUUCAUGUCUCUGUGCCAGGGGGGGUGGCGGGUGGGCCCUGCCCCGGAGAUUUGCUCUGUGCUGCCCCGAAACGCAGGCUGGCGUCCGGCUCUUUGGUGUUUAUGCCCUUGUAUAAACGGCAGCGGAUUUGUCGCAUGGUUUUCCUGUAUGUUCCUUUUAAGAGGCCCAGCUUCGGCUUUCCGCUUCUGCAAGCACCGGCCCCGCAGCCCCCCUGCUCCCCGUCAAGGGGCUGCUCGGGGCGGGGGCCGGGGGUCCGGCCUCGGGUUUGCUUUCGCAGUCGUCACUAAGAAUGUACGUGUCGCCUUCUUGUUCUACCCCGUGGCUCCGUUCCCAGGGGGUGUGUGGGCGCACCAGGCUCUGGCAUGGGGUGGGGGUGGGGGGGGGGUAAGCGGGGCUCCCCCCUGGCCCGUGCUGGCACACUGCUCCACAGCAGCAGGGUCCCCUCCCGGACCUCGUCUCCUCCUCUGGUCCCCUAAGGAUGCGGGACCCCCUUUGGCUCCUGGCCUCAGUGUCCCCUGCCAGAGCCGGUGCAGCACGAGGGAGACAGGGCGCGAGGGCACCCAGGGAGGGUGGCCAGGCAGUGUGGGUGGUUUGGGGGGAGCGGAGCCUUCUGCCUCCCCACCCCCCCGCCUCUCCCCUUGCCCUGGCCAAGAAGUUCUGGGGUCCUGGCCAUGUUAUUUUUCUAUCACAGAGUAAAUAAAGCACGGAAUAUUUUUAUAACACAAAA